AGCCGCCUCGGAGGCGGGGCCGAAAGGAGGGAGGAAGCGGAGGCCAGCGACUUCUGGUACGCGCUCGGAGGGGAAGCGGAAAUGCGUAUGCGGUAUUAAAGGCGUGGCUCCGCCCCAUGCGUGCCUCUUUCCGUCUCCGGUCGUCGUAGCGAGAGGAGCCUGCACCAUGUCGGCGCACCUGCAGUGGAUGGUCGUGCGGAACUGCUCCAGCUUCCUGAUCAAGAGGAAUAAGCAGACGUACAGCACCGAGCCCAAUAACCUGAAGGCCCGCAACUCCUUCCGCUACAACGGGCUGAUUCACCGCAAGACUGUGGGCGUGGAGCCCGCGGCCGACGGCAAAGGCGUAGUGGUGGUCAUGAAGCGCAGAUCUGGCCAGCGAAAGCCAGCUACUAAUUAUGUCCGGACCACCAUCAAUAAGAAUGCACGGGCCACACUCAGCAGCAUCAGGCACAUGAUUCGCAAGAACAAGUACCGCCCGGACCUGCGUAUGGCUGCCAUCCGCAGAGCCAGUGCCAUCCUGCGCAGCCAGAAGCCUGUGAUGGUGAAGAGGAAGCGGACGCGCCCCACUAAGAGCUCUUGAGCCUCAAGCCUUCUAAAGCAAUAAAGACGCAGCUGACUUUCUUUG